AUGGACGCCUCCGGCCCCAAGGCGAUUCUCACAUCCGACAACUUUCAUCCUACACAAGAAAUUUCACGGGCAACCUCGCCUGGAGGGGAACCCGCCGGCGUGAAUGGCGAAGGGGAACCCAUAGCCCGCGUGCGGCCUCGCACUUACCCUUACUUCAGAUAUCUUCCAUAUGAGCUAGAAAAUGAGACCGAACGGAAUCAGAACCUACGGGAGAUAUUGAAUCAGCUUUACAUUGCGGUGGAAGCCGGCGACUUCAACCCCGGAGCCGUGCACUGGACACGCGAGCUUCGCGGCUGGCUGUCGCUCAAGUUCGAUCCCACUCGAGCGCAACGCAUAAGUCUUGUGAAAUUGUAUUAUGAGCUGGCACUCGCUCCUGGGAUUGAUCCCCAAGUCGCCGAGCGGUUUUCGAGCAUGUUCAUGCUGCUCACCAAGCGCAAACAUUAUCUCAGACCCGUCAAAGACUUGACAUUAGAUUGGAAACCCCUCUACAAAGAGCUGAAAGCCUUCGUCCUCCCCACCGAGUCCGGCCUCGUUCAUUCGACCAAUUUGAAACGAAAUGUCAAGACCUUGACCAAACUUUGCGCAUUCGCACAAUUAUUCGUUGAUCCCUGUGAACUCCCCGCCAUGCUCGAGGAGUUUUUGCCUCAUUAUACCACAUCAUUCUCCGAGGGCGCUUUUGUUGUCGCAGGGCUCAUUAAUUUGUUGCUUCCGACAUGCCCGCCUCCGGAAUUGCGAGCCGAUCUUUUGCCCCAGAAUUAUCUGCCUACACACUUCCACCUGUGGUCUUUGGUUGGCCGCUCAAAAACCUUUGAUACUACCUACCUUGAUUAUCUUUCCCGACUGGCCCGGGAUUCUCUGCCAGCCGGUCACAUCCCAUUCUCUGAAUAUGGUAUAUUCACCAAAGAACAGUCUGCUCUAAUCUUCACUGCAAUCCUGAGAUUGCUAGAGAUUCCUGUCGGACAAUCUACUUCUCCAUACAGCGCCCUGGUGGAUAUUUCAUCCGGUCUGGGUAUCAUGCUUGAUCGAGAUGGGCGGAAGCACCCGGUUGCCCAUCACAUCGCGCGAUGGAUUGUCAUGUCACUCUCACCUGCAUGUGUGGAUUCCAAGAACUCAAUUCUCACCCAGCUUGAAGGCCUCAUUCAAGCCGUAGAAACAUUUUUCCACCCUUCCAACUCGGGCGGCUGGACCAAGACCUUGUCACAGUUGGUAUACUAUCUGACUGACUUCUUCGUUAUGCGUUGGAAUCGUGAGCAGAGUGGUGAGAUGGAUAUUCCUCCCGAGCGCAGAUUGACUGAGCCUCUGAAGCGGCGUUUCGUCCUGUGCAUCCGUGACGUGAUCUUCAUGGGUAUAUAUGCCAAGAGCAGCACUGCUAUGACCUUUUCACUUUCGACCUUGCAAGGCCUCGCCUACUUGGAACCCAAUCUCAUUCUACCCGGGGCUCUGCAAAGAAUUUAUCCUGCACUGCAGGGUCUGGUUGAAGUGCACCGGACCACAUCCUCUCUUCGGGCCAUGCAAGUGCUAUCUCGUAUCAUUGCACGCACCAGAGGUUAUCGUUGUCAUAUGACAACAUUGCUGGGUCUUGCGCUUCCUGGUAUUGAUGCCAAUGAUCUUGAAAAAUCACUCCACGCCCUUUCGUUCAUCCAAUCAGCCUGUUACAACAUCCCAAUGGUCGAUUUGACCAAAGGACGAGAGGACGUCAACUGCAACAUGCUUGCCAUGCAAUGGAUCUCGGGCGAAAUGGAGAGAAUGGAAGAGCAAGGCGCAGAUAUACAGAUUGACUAUGACACAGAGUUGGACGAUGAGACUGAGGAAAUGGUCCUACGCUCUUCCACAUGCGGUUUUGGAGACUUCACGUUAUCUUUCUUGGGUCGUGUCUUCAUACUUUUGGAGAAUUUGCCAGAUGUCUCCAGAGUUCGGAAUGGUUCACCUGAAGAAAAUAUCGUGAAUACCCUACCUGCCACCUUCAUGCCAUUGCUUGCGUCGCUCUCCCCGGAGUAUUACGAUAUUGCCCUCGGGAAGAUCGUGGACUUUGUGUCUAACCACGUCAUCCACCAGGCGCGAGAUGCAAUGGCUUUUAUCUGUAAUGCCCUUUGCAAGGUUAACCCGGAAAAGGCUCUUAAGCGAUUUAUUCCAGUUUUGACCUCGGCUAUCCGCACUGAGAUUGAGGAAAACGGGGCUGGAUCGACCAGAACCACUGGAACCGAUGUUCUGCCCCGUGAUCGCGGUCUAGUCUGGAAUAUCAGCAUGCUCAGCAUGUGUGUCGUGCACGUUGGCAGCGCUGUUAUCAACCACCGCAAAGAACUAUUUGAUAUUGCAGUUUAUAUGCAGCAAAACUGCCGGGGUAUUCCUACUGUUCACAUUUCCAAUUUUAUCCAUCACCUCUUGCUCAAUCUGACGGGAACUUACACAAACGAUUUCUCUCCUUACGAGCCAUCGGUCGUUGCGAACGGCAUUGGACCGGAGCAGUGGAGCUACCAAGCCGAUGUGAAUGACCUGAACAUCAAGUGGCAUGUGUCAACGCGUGAGGAGAUCGAAUUCGCCGUCGACAUCUUCAAGAGUCAGACCGAGUCGGCCUUGAAGCAUCUAUCUGCGCUGACUCAUGAGACAUCAAGUGUCAAGCGUGAUGGAAGUGGCAAGGACUGGUCAGAUGAGGUGACUCGUAACCUGGUCCUCCUGCGACUCGUGCUGUCAGGAAUCUCUAUCUUGUUUGACUCCAAAGCAGCAUCAACCACCUCCCAAGGUACCUCAAACGGGGAUGUCGAUAUGAUGGAUGGUAACAACGGCGAUGAUGAUGCCGAUGCCACCCUGGACGGCUCUGACGAUGCAACAAUCCGACAGGCUUUCACAUAUCCUACCGGCUACGCUCUUGAGGAGGGAGAUCCGCUGUACACUACUAUUCACGAGCUCCGUGACCGGACGGGAUGGGUUUUACAUGAAGUGCACCGCUUCCUGAGUGAUAAGCAGGAGGAUGAUGUCCCUUGCUUUGGAGCUUUGUAUUCUGCCUUUAGAUCGUGGUUUGUUGACGUGGGCAUUGAGAGGUCCGCUCACGUUCUCGACCGAGUGACACGGCUCUUGGCAGCAGACAUACAUCCUUACAAGAUGAGUGGUAUGCGAAAGAACUACCCCAGACCAUUGUUGGUGCGCAGAGCAAAUGUGUAUCAUCUCCAACGUCUCCGGCACAACGCUGCCCCACGUCCUCGAUCCAAGCUUGAUGAAAUUCUUCUGCUUGAUAUUGCCGAAUCGUGCGUCUCUCUUUAUACAGAGACUCGUCGCAAUGCUCAAAACGCAGGCGAAUCAGCACUCAAGGCGGUAUAUGGCGGCAGACUGCUGGUGAUUCCUCCUCUGCUCACGGCACUCCAAAAGGGUGUCAAGGAGAACGACCAUGCCCGCAUUAAGGGAGCCCUGUACUCACUGCUUCUGAGCAGUGUAGCCAAAACCGUCGGGCGGCACUGGAAGUAUGCCCCAAGUCUUGUCAGGGCAUUUAUUGAUGCCAGCGCAGUGGAUAAGCCUUCUGUCCAGAAGAUUUGCUCCACCGCGGUAUUCCAGGUCAUGGAUUAUGGUCGCGCCAUGGAGCGAAUGGCUAUCUUGGACCAAGAUAUUGUGGAAGCAAUUGCUCCCACCGAAGAUGUCAGCGACCAAAUUGAGAAAAAGAGGGCAGUUGUCAAUAGCAAGCGUGCUGCUAUUGAGAAAAAGAAAGCUGAUCUGGCAGAAGAGCUUGUGAAUCUCGCCCGUGUAUCGCAUUGGAAAAUUGCCAGCCGGGCCGCGACUAUCGUGAUGACCAUGGGUCUCCGCUUCGACUAUAUUGCUAGUGAUAAUUUGAUCGACCUGAUGACCCUCGGUUCCAUCGACGACCACCCUGGUUUGCGAGGCAUGUACUCCCAGGCUCUCAUUGCGCUUUUCACCAUGAUUGAUGUGCGAGCCAUCUGCACUCAUGAAUACAAGAACUAUAUUCUCGGUCAUCAGCGUUUCCCUUCGAAGAUCAAGGUCGCCACGAAGCCCGACGAGAAGGAUUGGACUCAGGACUACCUUUCUAGCUUUGCUAAGCCCGAAGCAGAGUAUUACGUCGAUCACGACUUUCCUGGCUGGCUCGUGUGGGGAAAGACUAUGCCAGCUUACAAGUCCAAUGUAGCUCGGGACAUUGAAUAUGAUGAGGUUGAGUGGAAGGUUCGCACCAAGAUGGGCAAGCUAUUCACUCGCGAAUGGUUCUCCAAGUUCUUUAUGUACUUGAAGCAAGAGCCACGAGACCCAUCUGCGGACAAGUUCCGCAUGUCUUGUGCCAUGAUGCUCCUCUAUGCAUUUGAACUCAUGAUUCGGGAUGAACUUACAGCUGUCACCUUCGAGGAGAUCCAGGAAGAGAUCAAGGAUGUUUUUGAAGACGGUAGCGACAAGCACCAACACCGUGCUACAGCCGAAAUUCUCGGUGCUCUGAUAUCCUCUGUGACAGACACAUGCGUUGAGAAGCGUACCAAGAUCUGGGAGUAUGCAUUCCCAAUUGUGCGAAAGAUCUUCACCGACGGUCUCACGCCAGAGAACUCUGGCUACUGGACAACAUUCCUUCACAUGAUCUUGCAAUGUCGCGAUCCUCGCCGUGCAUGGCCAUUAGUCGAUUGGUUGUCUAGCUUCCGCCUGGACAUGACAACCAAUGCGGCCUUUAAGGAAAGUUCGAAGAUCAAUCUCUUGCACCAAUGCAUCAUUGAUUCUGGCUGGCACUACCAGCUCGACAAGCCUAUCGUUGAAGAUUUCCUCGGCCAUCUGGAUCACCCGUAUAAGGGUGUUCGUGAGGCGAUGGGUCAGACCCUUGCAACUAUCUACCGUACUAGAUACCACGAGUCAUACCCCAACGUUCAAAAGCUACUAGAAGCCCAGAAAUCAACUUCGUCCGUUGGAGAUUACCCAUAUGCGCCUACGGAUGAAUUUUCCAAGACGAUCCGCGGAGUUUUCAGUCAAAUCGAGGAAUGGCGCAAAGCCAGAACUCCCGGUCAACAAACUCCCUCAUCUUAUACUUCAGGCAGUAAAACGGUGCUUCUCUGGCUGGAUUCGACCCUGUCUUCCCACGAGUGUACACAGCUCGUCCCAUUCUUCCCUGAUGUGUUCACCGUGCAGCUUCUGCACAUGAUGGACGUCAAGGAAGACCCAGAGCUUCAGUCUCUUGCUUACCACGUUUUCCGUCAUCUCCCCAACAUUCCCUACCCCGCCGAGAAGAACUCCGAGUUCAUCCAAUCUCUCAUCCGCAUCGGACAGACCGCUCCAUCAUGGCAUCAGCGCCUGCGCGUCAUGAUUAACAUCCAAAUCAUCUACUUCCGCCGCCUUUUCCUACUCGACCAGGGAGACCGCGACAAGCUCUUCGAAUGCAUCGCCUCCAUGCUCGAAGACCCUCAGCACGAAGUCCGCGCCGGUGCCUCGGCCACCCUCUCUGGAAUGAUUCGAUGCUCACCCGUCUUCCUGCGCGACAAGAUGGUCAGUCGCUUCCAGGACCGCUUCACAAAGGCCCUGGCAGACAAUCUUCUCCCUAAGAAACCGAAGAACUUCCGCUCAGGCAUCUCUUCCGCUGUUUCAUCAACAGCCGGAACUCCCACACCCGAGCACAACCGUCUGAUUAUCGUUCGCCACGGUGCCGUUCUCGGUCUUGGUGCUUUGAUUCAGGCAUUCCCUUAUAACAGUCCUCCACCUCGCUGGAUGCCCGAGGCUUUGACUUCUCUCAGCAUCCGUGCUGCUAGUGACCCUGGCAUCGUCGGGUCUAGUGUCAAGUCCAUCAUCAGCGAGUUCAAAAAGACCAGACAAGAUACUUGGCACAUUGAUGCAAAGGCUUUCUCCUCGGAUCAGCUGGAAGAUUUAUCGGGGGUGCUAUGGAAGAGCUACUUUGCGUAA